AUGCUCACAUUCCGCAGACGAAGAGUUUUGCAUAGACACGCAUGCUUAAUUAGCGUAAUGGCGGCAUUCUGCUUCGGUCUCGUGCUUGGCAUACUUUUGCCGUUGUUCGGUUACUUAAGUAGCGACAUUGAUGGUGCAAUUAUUAGUAGUAGCAAUAGUCUAAGUAGCGUAGAUAGCGAAUUAAGUCUGUUAAAUAGUAGAAUAUCCAAUGAAAGUCACAAGAAGCGCGUCAAUCGAACGCAUCACAUGCCCCAUUUUCCCACAAUUGACGACAUUCGCAAGGAAAAUUCGCUGAUUUCGCUUCAAAUCGAGGAAAAUGAUCCCGAACAAGUCAAAAUCUACAAUUCCGUGUCGUUUAUUCAAGCCGAAGACGAUUCGGAGCUCGAAACGAACGACAUCGACCAAGGCAGUUACAAUCGUUUGCCGUCGCAAGAUGUCUGGGUGAAGAAUUCCAAGCGGAAAUACGGCAAAUACGUGCAAGAAAUCCAGGAAAUUGUGAAGGAAGAGUACGAAACGUUCGAAAAACAGCCGAAAAAGACAGAAAAAAGCGAACAAAACACCGACGGCAUUAUCGUAAACGACAUUUAUUGGGGCCCCGUGAUCGAACGUAACUUGCCAACCGGUUUUACGAAGCAAGACACGAAACGAUGGCAUCUGUACUUGAACCAUAGCGAAGUGACAAAGCUCGAACCGGGUUGCGGUCGCAUGCAAAAUCGCCUCAUUCAUUUUCGCGAUGGGCAAAUGGCCUGUGCCCGGUAUCGGCAGAACACGGAUCAGCUGCAGGGAGAACUUUUCAGUUUUUAUCUCGGAAAUUUGCUGAAUUUGACGAAUUUGGCUCCGAGUAUUGCGACUGUACUUGAUCCGGAAGCGAGAUUUUGGAGUAGUGCGACAGAAGAUAUCACAGAUGCACAAUGGCGCAAGGGGAGACCGAUAGUUUUGACAAAAUGGUUGACAAAUUUGGAGCCUGCGGGUAUUCCGAAGCAAUUUCAACCGUUGGAGAGACAUUUGAACAAGUUUGAUGUGAAAAAUAUUACGAUGAGUAUGCGGGGAUUGAAGCCGAUCAGUAAAUUGUUCGAAAAAUUGGGAAUUAAACACGAAAUGAACGCGAUGGAACAGAAUAAAACGAAAAUGUUGACAAAGUUGGUUGAGUUGGCGCAAUGGUCUGAUCUGAUAAUUUUCGAUUAUUUAAUUGCGAAUUUGGAUCGCGUUGUAAAUAAUUUGUAUAAUCAUCAAUGGAACGCCGACAUCAUGGAAGCUCCUGCCCAUAACUUAGCGAAGCAAGUUGACACGAAUCUCCUCGUGUUUCUCGACAACGAGAGCGGCCUGCUGCACGGUUAUCGUCUCCUCAAAAAAUACGAAACGUAUCACGGCUUGCUGCUGAAUAACCUCUGCAUCUACCGAAAACCAACGAUAAACGCCCUCAAACAACUGCGCAAAGAUAGUGCGAUAGGUGAAAAAUUAAAUAAAUUAUUUGAGCAAACAACGAGUCAAAGUGUGCGUGAUGUGCUUCCUCCAUUACCGGAAAAAUCAAUUAAAAUUUUAAUUAGUCGUGUAGAUCGUGUAUUAGAUCAAGUGAGAAAAUGCAGUGAAACAUUUGCAUCGGCAGCUACUGCAACGACAACGACAACGAGGUGA